AUGGGAAAAAAAGCUUUUAUUAGCAGACAUAUAGUUGCAUUUACCAAUUCAGCAAAUCGAUCUCAUAAACCAAUAUUUGGGAUAAUUUUGGUUUUAGAUGAGAUAAUUUUUGAUGUAAUUCCUUUGGAUAAAAACAGAAAUAAAAUGGCAGGCUGAUGGAAAAAGGACUCCGCACUCACUUCUAUGGAGCAGAUAGGGCCAAUCCUGAUGAAGUUGAAAGCAUUGCUCUACACUUUUGAAGCAGGACUUCAAGUUUGGAGAUGCCUUUCCGAAUAGGGAAGUUUUAUUUCUCCCCUAGCGUUUGCAUGUCCCUCCUAUAGAUCCUCCUAGAUGGAAUAGACAGGCUUUGCCUCCUACUUAUUCUUUGUCUAUAGGACUAACGGGUAUCCAUAAAAUGUGACUCUAACCUAGAGAGCUAAGCUUUAGACUAAAGCUAGUUUACACCAGAUAGUCAGGCAAGUGGUCAAUCCGCUUUUGGCCUAAUAGCACUUAUCUUAACUUAAAUUUUGGAUAAAGAAAUUUCAGUAACUACUAUAAUUGAAAAAUAUUAUGACUGAAAUCCUGUUAAUUGUGAAGAUUUAUAUAUUUCUCCUGGAAUAAUUGAUUUAAAUGUUCGUAGAGAAUGGGAAGAUUACACUCAUUUAACUAAAGCAGCAGCAUCAGGAGGUGUAACUUUGCUAUUGGAAGAAGUUGGCUAUUAUGUUAACCAACCUUCAUCAGGAGAGCUUUAUUGCGAUGUUGGCAGUAUAGCCACAUUAGAGGCGACAAAUGCUGAGCGAUUAUCGACUCUUCCAGCGCAAGGCGUUUUUGGAGUAAAGGGCUAUCUUUUUCCUCCUAGCUCUGCAAUCCAAUCUGUUCCUCAAGAUUUAAAUGCAUUUUUGUCUGAAAUAGAGGAAAGCCAGCUAGCUUUAUUCAUUGAUCCUACUUGACCGAACCCAAGAAUGCUUUAUAAUGCGUCUCCUAACAGAUUGACUUCACUGGAAGAAAGGUUUGAAUCCAAGAGCAUUGACUCAACUAAAUCACUCAAUAAUAAAAGUCUUUUUAUUAUCAUUUGCUGCACAUAUUUCUUACUGUGGUAGGGAUGUGGAAAAUUUUCCCACAUGUCAAAAAAAAUUCCGUAUGUGAAGUCUUAAAUAAAUGCAGGCUUCACAUGUGGAAUAUUUUUUGGGUUGUGAGGAAAUUUCCCUCAUGCCUUGUACAGUAAGAAAUAUAUGCAACAGAUUAUAUUAGAUUUAUAUUAAAAUUAAAAAUAUUUAAUUAGAGAGAAUAAAAUAAAAUCAAAUAUUCCUUUAAAAUGUAAAAUUUUUUCCAUCAGUAAAAAUAUCAAAAAUUAUAAAUUCAAAUAAGCCUUUGCUUAUUGAAAUUAUUAAUAAAAUAUUUAAUAGGCAAUCUUUUAUAAAUUAAGAGGAGUAAGUCUUUUGCAGCCGCGUUCCCUGAUACAAUUGAAUCUGACAGCUCAGGUGAAGAGCAGCCUGAAGAAAAUCCAGCUAAAUUUAAAAGGCAAAAUAAUAAAGCAAAAACUUUAAAACCUGUCAUAAAUCAGUCGAUUUCUCCAGAUAGUCUAGUCGAAAAAGAUGUGGAGUAUGUAAGAUAUUUACCAAUUCCGAUUAUCCCUGAAGAAGAAGAUGAUGACAUUAAACCCAAUGCAAAUUGGUUUAAUAGGAGAAAUAGUCGCACGAUCUUUGACGAUUUAAAUAAAAGAAUUAGAGAAAGCCAAGCAAAUAUUGAAAACCUGAGCAAGGCUGAACAAUCUACUUACGAGCAUUCUGGCUCAACUAGCUAUUCCUCUCCUUCUAUAUCUCCUUCUGCACAUGAAGGGUUUUGUGAAUUAUUAUUGAAAAAUGAAGUUCCUAUCCAAGAAUCAUAGACAUUAAAAUGGCGGCACGUGUCAAGCUGCCCUCUUGGCAUAACAAUCCAGAUCCUAUGGCCACGGUGAACUGGGAUGCACUCCGAGUCAAGAAUAUGGUGCAGGCUCAAGAGAUGUGCAACCGAGUAGGCUUUGGCUGCUUUCCUGUGUGUGCUCAUCAACGUUCUUUUAGAUCAGAGGGCACAUGGGUAUUCCUCUACCGAGAAAUUGGGGGUUUCGAUCCAGGCCACAGUAGCCUUUUCCCUGUAGCUGUUGAAGAAAGCACCUUGCAGACUCCAAGGAUUCUUGGGAUCAAGCUAAUUAAAGCGCUGCGGAAAUUCAUAAGCCGCUCAAGACUGAAGCUGCAAGGAAAAGACAGAAGGUACGGAAGCGGCAUCCAACUUGGGGGGAACGACCCUCUCGGCUGAAGUUGAAAAGCGGAAAGCCUCCCAUAUGGGAGGUCUUUAGUGACUGCUCCGCCAAUAUGGUUAACGCUCUAUUUUAAUAGCCUAAAAAAACCUAAUCAAGAAUCUGAUUCAAAUCCUUCAAUUGCUCCAACCUCAAAACCUGCAAAUGUAUAUCAAGCAAGAAUAUCUAAAUUCAGGCCUCCCAUAUUAUCAAUAAAAACUGAAGAAAAAAGCUCCAAAGAGCGCAUUUACUUGUAUCAUCUUGCAAAUUUUCCUGACAAUUGGGAAAUAAGUGGAGUCGAAAAAAUUAUCCAAAGCAUGAAAAAGUCUACAUGCAGAAUCCACAUUACUAAUUUAUCAUCUGCCGCUGCACUCAAUAGAGUUAGACAAGCAAAAGAAGAGUUCAAAAACUUGACAUGCGAAAUAUCUGCAACUUCUUUAUGCUUUACAAGUGCGUCAAUAAAAGAUGGAGAUACAAGGUUCAAGAAUGCACCUCCAAUUAGGACUCAGACUAAUUUAAUGCUAUUGUGGGACUUAUUGAAAAUGAAAGGAAUUGAUUCCAUUGCAUCCAGCCAUGCUUCUAUUAAGCCAGAAUUAAAAGCAUUAGACUCAGGAAAUUUCCAAAAAGCAUUGAAUGGGAUAUGCUCAUUAGGGUUUGCUUUGCAGGCUGUAUGGACAAUGCUGAACGCUCCUGCAAAUUCUAUGUCGCAGCUUGAGCAUUAUAUUGUGAGACUAGCUAAAUGAUUCAGCCUGCAUCCUGCAAAAAUAUUGAAUAUUAGUGACAGUAGAGGGAGCAUUGAGAAAGGAAAAAUCGCUGAUUUGCUGAUAUGGGAUCCAUAUAGUAGAGCAACAAUAAGUGAUGUCCAUUCGCAGUAUCCUGAAGUUUCGCCAUUUAUAGGAAUGGACUUUAUGGGAAAAAUACAGAGCGUUUAUGUGAGAGGUAAAUGCGCUUUUCAUGAUGGGGUGUUUAAAGCAAAAGGAAAAAAGGUUAUGAAAUCAAUCUAA